GAUAUAAGCACUCGUGUUUCGUUGGUUCGAUAGCAUAGUCAAUCGAAUCUCGUGCGGGACAAGAUCGUUAGCAAAGUUUUAUAGGAUCAGUAGCAAACAUGCUGGGUGGCGAAUGGACAAACCAAAAGAUGCCCGCGAAAAAUAAUCAAGAACCUUCCAAUUUCAAUGUAAUGCAUAAAAAAUUUAAGAAAGAUCAUACAUUAGUUUUGGAACAUAAACGAUGUAUACCUAAUAGUAAUGCAGUGUUGAAAACUGAUAUCACCAACAGUGAACAGUUGUGUAACCGAGUUCAAAUGCAAACAACAUCACAAACCAGAGAUUGUCCAGCUUUAACAAUGUUUUCUUCAUCGGAAAGCUAUCGAUCAACUCCAUCGCCGGAUUUCGUUUUGAGUUCAAGUCAAACAUCGUCGCCAUUGUUCGCAGGUUUUCAACAAAUUGCGCCAAUACCUAAAACCUUGGUUGCGUUUUCGAACUACUUUCAGUCCCAUGUGGAUGCAAAAGCGCCCGGUCUGACGAUGAAAACCUAUGUAGACCAUGACUAUACACAAUCACCAUCUCCCAAAUCUGUUACAACUCUUAGUUGUAGGUCUACGUCACCAUCCUUGGAGGUGGAGACUACGAUAACUGCUGAUCGUGCACCCUCGGAUUCUGGAAAUUCUACCAUGCCGGAUGAAAUAAAUCCAUUAUGCAUGAAUGAUUGGUACCGGGAUUUACUUAAGACAGAAUUCGCUCCACGAUUCCAAGAGGAAAUGGGUCUGAUCAUGCAGAGCUCCGCUUUGCAAAAAGAGCAAUUUUUGACUGUGAAGAUGACUGAAUUGCCAAGCGAUAUAGAAUACAAUCCAAACAAAUCCCGUCUCAGAAAAAUUUAUGAAAACCCCUCCGAAGCUGCCGAUCGAGAGCGCAACAAUCUGGCAUCACGAAGAUCACGUUUCAAGAAGAAGAUUGCACAGCAAAUCACCAACAUGCACCUGGAGUUUGAUCGCACCGAAAAUGCUCAACUUUAUGCUAUCCAGAGCUGGAUCGGUAACAUUGUAUUCGAGCUUGAAUCCAAGUGGUUGGAGAGUGGGGCAACAUCAGAAGAGUUGUAUGAGCUGAGACAUAGCUGCGGAUUUCCGCAGAAUCAACCAGAAACAGGACAGGUUUCGGAGCUUUACUAAUGGAAGGGAAUUAGAUAUAUUAUUCGAAUUUUAUCUAUUGACGCAAU